AUGCGGGAAGUAAACUUCAGCAUCCCCAAUGUGAACAAGGCCUCGGUCAACAUCACAACCACCCUCUACGACCGACGUGCCCUUGAUUGUACAUCUACCUUACCACUGAUCAACUCACUGAAUCACCUUGCUUAUCUCACAACCUCGUCUGCGCGGAUCCGGGAUAUUCUCACCGUCGAUGGCGGCAUCGAACGACUCGUCUGCAUCCUGAAGGAGGGCAGGAGCAAGGAUCUGAUGGAGAUGUGGAAAUGGAGCCUAGCAUUUCAAUGUGUGGUGAACAUCGGAGUUCGAGGUUCGGAGAACGUGAGGACCAGGGUCGUGGAAGCCGACAUGGUCCCUGUGAUUGCCACCAUUCUGGACAACUACAUCAAGGUGGUGGACAAGGUGCGAUCGCGUGCCGAUCCCGAAUCUCAUAAGCACUCCAGCCGAUCGGCCAUCCCCAGCAAGUCCAGUUCUGCCGUUCGCGAGGUUGCUGGCCGGUCUGGUCCCGAAUCCAACCCUUCGACUGAGUCUCGCUCCUCUCGCCGCCAAGCCCCUCCCCCAAGCAUCGAAAUCCCUCAACCUUACUAUCAGGACAACCAGCCAACUGACUCGGAUAUCAUGGAUGUUACCUCCCCUCCUCGCGCCCCGAUGACCUCCCCGCCCGAACGCAGUACCUUCCGACAGGAUGUUCACAAUCACCGGACCCAUGAUGCCCGCUAUACCCGCGCCAGUCAUCGCCUGCGCACCAUGCAGCCUCUUGCUACCGCUAUUCCUCCGAUGGAUACCGCCGAGGGAUUCGGUCUGCGACCUGUCCGUGAUGCCGAGCGCCUUGCCAGCAUGCUUCCAGGAUUACAGACGGGCAUCAUCUCACAACCGGACUCCCCAACAACUCCCAGCGGGCCGCUCCAAUCUCAAGCUCGAAGCAUCCCUCCGCCGCCUCCCCCGGUUCGCGCUCGACCUCCAAUCCGGCAGCAGCAAUCUGCCUCUGGUGAAUCGGAUGAUGCCAACGGAGAGGACUCGACUAUGGGUGACGAUACUGUCUUGGGCCAAGGAACUGAGCCUAUUGUUGGCCUGCCAAAUCGGAUGGACAUUGAUAGUGUUGACGAACAGUCUACAACUACGAUGAUCGAUGAUGUCUCCACCAGCCACGGUGGUCUGACCGUCACGGACCCAUCCGAGGAGGGCCCGGAAGCUGAAACCUUCAAUAUCGCCCACCGCUCUGCCGUGGAUGGCAGCAUCAUCAACAACACCGCCAACACACAAAACAACGGUGGACUGGGUCUUUCCCCCACUCAAGCCCCGAACAACCCUAAUUCUCCCACUCUCGCUCCUAGCCCUUACGCCUUGUACCUCCGUGAUCGAAACACCCCCGCGACUCAGGGCGUCCUGACCACCAUGCCCCGAGAUGAAGAUGUCUUAAUGUCCCUGCAGCUUCUUGCAUAUGUCUCAAAGUACUGCAAUCUCCGGUCAUAUUUCCAACGCUCGCACCUUGUUCCCAAACUCAAGAUCGAUCGCGAAUUGCAUCUCCUGGAUGACAAUGCCGAUCCGUCUUCUCCCAUUGAGGCUCCUGAGGAAGAAGAUGAGUACUUGCUACCUGAUGAUGUGAACAUUUUCCCCCUGGUGGAGAAGUUUACCGUUCGACAUCACUCGAAGGACAUGCAGUAUUGGGCUUGUGUGGUGAUGAGGAACCUUUGUCGCAAGGACGAGUCACGAGGCGGCAUUCGUCAGUGUGCCUACUACAAGUGUGGCAAGUGGGAGGAGUUUCAGAGACAAUUUGCCAAGUGCCGCCGUUGCCGGCGCACUAAGUACUGCAGCAAAGACUGCCAGAAGGCAGCAUGGGUAUAUCACCGCCACUGGUGUCACACCACCCCUUGA